AUGCUCAGAAGAAAGGCCGAAGUGUGCGAGCUGCGUACGAAUGAAGGUUUGGCUACACCGACAAGUUCAGCUUUGCGGGUUUCACUAAAAAUUCGGUAUAGCUUGAAUGCAAGUAUCGAGAGCCUCAACCGACCAAGCCAGCAGAGUGAAGUCUCAGAUCAAGGCCGGGCCGCAUCCGCUCUUGGAGGCGGGAAGUCUGGGUCCUGGCAAACGGCCAACGCAAACUUCACCGUCUCCAUCACACCUACUUCGCCGGAAGCGACCCACUACGUAUAUGUCUCGGGUGCUUACAAGAUGCUCUCAUGGCCCUACGUGCGGCAAAUACUUGAAUCGUCAGCACUUGAGUCUUCGUCCAUCAACUUGACCUUGCUGCAGAAGGACGGUGCAUCUAUAUUGUCGGGGUUGCAACUACAAAGUAUACCUAUAGCUCUAGGGCCGCAAACUUCACAGAGUCAGAAAUCUAAGCCGCCUCCAGGCUCAUCAUUGUCGGCUCUACCCGAUGGGACACAUAUGACUUCCUUGGACCUGCAAUGGGAGACUAUGCAAAGUCUGAGUAAGGCGUAUUUUGACAGCUUCAAUUUGUUGUAUCCGAUCGUGGACCGACACUUCUUUCAGACCCAAGUGCUUCCUCCACUAGCAACACGAGGCUUGGGCAAUGAUAUAAAUUCGACGCUGAUUUGCCUGAUACUAGCUCUAGGCGAAGUUGCUAUUGCCAGCGUUCAGGGUGAUCCCUUGAUGAUACACAAGGGUCGCCCAGGGGGCAUCAAGGGCGUUUCCCUGGAAACCCACCCUGGUGUGUUGUUCUUCAACGAGGCGAGGAAGCGCAUGGGAUUCAAUCUCACAGAGUGCAGCCUUGAGAAUGUGCAAAUAUUUGCAUUGGCCGCUCUUUACUAUGGAACCUGCUGCCUUCACACGGAGUUCUGGAGAAUGACCACAUCAGCCUCAUUGGCUUGCCAGGCCUUAUUGACAAGCAACCCUGGGGAGCUGGUGUCCAUCCGCGCCGACUUAAUCAGGAGACUGUUCUGGCACUGUCUGAUCACAGAAACAUGUCUCAAUUUGGAGUUCAACAUGCCUCUUACGGGGCUGCACCACCUGGAAGAAAUAGUUGGACUUCCUGACUUCAGUGCCGGCGCCUUUUCCGAAGAAGACUAUAUCAGCAACCAAGCGUCGCAUUUUCAAGAGCAUUUCGCGUCGCAGAUUGUGCUUCGACGGCUCUCGGUCGAAUUUCACAAAGCUCUUACAAACGAUCAAUGGCGUGGUCUUCUACCGCCCUAUCUCAACUGGGCGGACUCCCAUUACGAUGGCUUCUCUAGUGGAAGCCAAGGCAUCUACAAUCAAUCAGUGUUUCCGCAGCAACUUCCGGAUGGGCAUUCGAAUAUAAACUUUACCACGGAUUUCAACAAUGCUAUGGUCGAUUACCCAUAUGCUGCAGAUAUUCAAGCAGCCAUUCUGAGGACGCGCUACUAUCACGUCAAACAUCUAAUCUACCGUCCGUUUAUCUAUAAGGCAACUCACCAUCCGGAAAUGGUCACCCAUGAAGACGCUGAGGGGGUUGCCGUGUGCCUUAAGAGCUCAUUGUUGUGGCCCAUUACAAUGUCUCCCACUCGUAACAAGAAGCGCCUCGUGCCUUUCCUGGCGUUGUGGAGCCAGAAUUUUCUCGGCAUACUACUCAUAUUGCACCUAUCUCGACAUGUCCCAAUCUUGAUACGGAUCAGGGCUGAGUUGCUUGAUAGCGAGUUCGAGUUCAAUGCCCGGGAGACUGUUCGCCUGUACAUCGACUGGAUACGAGACUUGAAGGAUUUCGACGCUGCAGCGUCGUGGUGCUGGAAGGUGGUGCAGAGCAUUUACCCUGACGAAGCCCAGUAG